GAGGCUACCUUCAUUGAUAAAAAGAACAACCCAAAGAAACCAUCUCUGUAUUCUCUGAGAUCACUUACCGAUCAGAGAAGAAGAAUGGAAGCUAGUGCCGGAUUAGUUGCCGGAUCUCACAACAGGAAUGAGCUUGUUGUCAUUCAUGGCCAUGAAGAGCCUAAGUCAUUGAAGUCAUUAAGUGGUCAAGUCUGUGAGAUUUGUGGUGAUGAGAUUGGCCUUACUACUGAUGGUGAUCUCUUUGUUGCCUGCAACGAAUGCGGUUUUCCGGUGUGUCGGCCGUGUUAUGAGUAUGAAAGGAGAGAAGGAAGCCAACUCUGUCCCCAGUGCAAGACCCGUUACAAGCGUCUCAAAGGAAGCCCAAGGGUGGAAGGAGAUGAAGAUGAAGAAGAUUUAGAUGAUAUUGAGCAUGAAUUUGACAUUGAAGAUGAGCAGAAUAAGCAGAAACAUCUCACAGAAGCAUUGCUUCAUGGGAAGAUGAGCUAUGGGAGAGGCCCUGAUGAUCAUGAAAAUUCCCAAUUUCCUCCGGUUAUAACCAGUGCUAGAUCUAGACCGGUGAGUGGGGAGUUUCCAAUAUCGAAUCAUGCUUAUGGAGAGCAAAUGCUAUCAACUAAUUCACUUCAUAAACGCGUUCAUCCUUAUCCAUUAUCAGAGUCUGGAAGCACAAGAUGGGAUGAAAAGAAGGAGGCAGGGUGGAAAGAGCGGAUGGAUGAUUGGAAAACAAAGCAAGGAAACUUGGGGAUGGACCCUGAAGAUGCCAUGGAUGCUGAUCCCAUGAUGGAUGAAGCAAGGCAACCACUAUCAAGAAAAGUACCAAUUGCAUCUAGCAAGAUCAACCCAUAUCGGAUGGUGAUCGUGACCCGGUUGAUUGUUCUAGCCAUAUUUCUUCGGUAUAGAAUUCUGAACCCGGUUCAUGAUGCCAUUGGGCUAUGGCUCACCUCUGUAGCCUGUGAAAUAUGGUUUGCCUUGUCAUGGAUCCUUGAUCAGUUCCCUAAAUGGUUACCCAUUGAUCGUGAGACUUAUCUUGAUCGUCUUUCUCUCAGAUAUGAGAGGGAAGGUGAACCUUCAAUGUUAUCUCCAGUGGAUAUAUUUGUGAGCACAGUGGACCCAUUGAAGGAACCUCCUUUAGUUACUUCCAACACAGUGCUUUCAAUCUUAGCCAUGGAUUAUCCGGUUGAUAAGACCUCAUGCUAUGUCUCUGAUGAUGGUGCUUCCAUGCUUACAUUUGAGUCACUGUCUGAAACUGCAGAAUUCGCUCGGAAAUGGGUUCCUUUCUGUAAGAAAUUUGCCAUUGAGCCUCGAGCUCCAGAGAUGUAUUUUUCUCUCAAGGUGGACUAUCUCAAAGACAAAGUCCAGCCUACAUUUGUCAAGGAGCGUCGAGCUAUGAAGAGAGAAUACGAAGAAUUUAAGGUCCGGAUCAAUGCAUUGGUAGCCAAAGCCAUAAAGGUUCCCCUAGAAGGAUGGAUAAUGCAAGAUGGUACACCUUGGCCGGGAAACAACACUAAGGAUCAUCCGGGUAUGAUUCAAGUGUUUCUUGGUCACAGUGGAGGCCAUGAUGCUGAAGGAAAUGAGCUCCCUCGCCUUGUCUAUGUUUCUCGUGAGAAAAGACCUGGCUUCCAACAUCACAAGAAAGCUGGUGCCAUGAAUGCCCUGGUUCGUGUUUCUGCAGUGCUGACGAAUGCACCUUUCAUGUUGAACUUGGAUUGUGAUCACUACAUUAAUAAUAGCAAAGCUGUCAGGGAGGCAAUGUGUUUCUUGAUGGACCCUCAGGUUGGGAGGAACGUAUGUUAUGUCCAGUUCCCUCAGAGGUUUGAUGGCAUUGACCUGCACGAUCGGUAUGCUAACAGAAACACAGUCUUCUUUGAUAUUAACAUGAAAGGCCUAGAUGGAAUUCAGGGUCCAGUGUAUGUCGGUACUGGGUGUGUCUUUAGAAGACAAGCUUUAUACGGUUAUAACCCACCAAAGGGCCCAAAGCGUCCAAAGAUGGUAACUUGUGGCUGCUGCCCAUGUUUUGGACGUCGUAAGAAACUCCCAAAGUUAUCUAAACAAGACAUGAGUGCAGCUGGUGCAAAUGGAGAUGGAUCAAACCUCCAAGGAGUUGAUGAGGACAAGGAGCUACUGAUGUCCCAGAUGAAUUUUGAGAAAAGGUUCGGUCAGUCAGCAGCAUUUGUGACUUCAACACUGAUGGAGCAAGGUGGCGUCCCUCCCUCCUCAAGUCCAGCAGCUCUGCUCAAAGAAGCCAUUCAUGUUAUUAGCUGUGGCUAUGAAGACAAAAGUGAUUGGGGAGCAGAGUUGGGUUGGAUAUAUGGGUCUAUCACUGAAGAUAUCCUGACAGGCUUUAAGAUGCAUUGCCGAGGUUGGAGGUCGAUAUACUGCAUGCCCAAGAGACCUGCAUUCAAGGGUUCAGCACCCAUCAACCUUUCUGAUCGUCUCAAUCAAGUUCUGAGGUGGGCUCUUGGUUCUGUUGAGAUCUUCUUCAGUCGACACAGUCCCCUCUGGUAUGGGUACAAGGGUGGACACCUGAAGUGGCUAGAGCGUUUUGCAUAUAUCAACACAACUAUCUACCCAUUCACCUCCUUACCUCUUCUCGCCUACUGUACUCUUCCUGCCGUUUGCUUGCUAAGUGGAAAGUUCAUAAUGCCAGAGAUAAGCACAUUUGCAAGUCUCUUCUUCAUUGGACUGUUUAUCUCGAUUUUCACAACAGGCAUAUUGGAGCUGAGAUGGAGUGGAGUUAGCAUUGAGGAAUGGUGGAGGAACGAGCAAUUCUGGGUUAUUGGUGGUGUGUCGGCACACCUUUUUGCUGUUAUUCAGGGACUUCUCAAGAUUUUGGCCGGAAUCGAAACUAGCUUUACUGUUACAUCCAAGGCCACUGAUGACGAGGAGUUUGGAGAGCUAUAUGCCUUUAAAUGGACCACUCUUCUGAUCCCUCCUACCACCAUCCUGAUCAUCAACCUGGUUGGAGUAGUUGCAGGCAUAUCUGAUGCUAUAAAUAAUGGGUACCAAUCUUGGGGUCCUCUUUUUGGGAAGCUCUUUUUUGCCUUUUGGGUGAUUGUCCAUCUCUACCCAUUCCUCAAGGGUCUCAUGGGGCGGCAGAACAGGACUCCUACCAUUGUUGUCAUCUGGUCAGUGCUUUUGGCCUCAAUCUUCUCCUUGCUAUGGGUUAGAAUUGACCCAUUUGUGCUCAAAACCAAAGGUCCUGAUGUCAAACAAUGUGGAAUCAAUUGUUGAUCAUGAUGGGGUUUGAUGUCAAACAUGUAAAUUUUGCUUUCACUCGUGUGAAACAACAAAAUGGAUGAAGGUCAAAUAAACAUAGUGUGAAAAGUUUUGAUGAGCUACUCAAUUUUGUAUUUGAUUGUAAGGCAGUGCAACUUAACAUCCUUUCAGGUAUUCAAUGUGUGAAAUUUGCAAUGUAAUUGAAAGAUUAUGCAUCAACUACUACAGUUGUUUCUUAUAUUACAGCAGUUGUAU